CCGUUGAAUUUAAUAUUACUGAAGUGAACAUUCACCAGAAAGCAACUGGGAAAUUGAAGGGAUUUUCAGUCAAUUUAUUAUUAUUAUUAUCAUUAUUUUAUAGUUUACUAAUUGUAUGUAGCCAAUAUAAACACUUCACAAAAUGUACUAUAUAAAUUGUGAUAAAUAGUUCUACUGAAAAUAAGUAGCCUUUAAAGUAUGGUCAGUUUUUAUUUCAAAGGUGACGCAAGAGACAUCACGGACCACCUUUUGCUGUUGAAAGAGGAGCUGACACCUGAAAGUGAUGAGAACGCCAAGGAGUCGUUGACCGACACUAGAAUCCUGCAAAGCGUAUUGGACAUAUGUAUUGCUGGAACCGUGACUUCAUCCGACACGUUGAAGUGGAUGGUAAUGUAUGUAGCAGCUAAUCCAAAAGUCCAGACAAAGAUUCACAAGGAGAUAGACGACCUAGAAAACAAUUUGGACGAUCUUCGUCGCUGCAGAAGUAAGAUGACUUACUGCGAAGCUGUUGUUAGGGAAGUGAUGCGCAUUCGCCCUGCGGGCCCAGUGGCUUUAAGACAUAAAACACUUUGUGACACUGAAUUAGGUGGAUACGAUAUCCCAAAAGACACUAUUGUCUAUGCAAACAUAUGGGCAAUCCACCAUGACCCGAAAAACUGGGAAUCGCCAGAGGUUUUCAGCCCAGAGAGAUUCCUAGAGAAAGAUGGCAGCUUGAAAAAAUUGGAUACAAAGACAUGGUUGCCGUUCGGCAGUGGCAAAAGGAAAUGUGUGGGAGAAGCACUUGCCAUGGCAGAAAUCAUGAUGUUCAUGGCAUUGUUUUUUCAUCGGUUUAGGGUAAGCUUUCCACCAGAUGUCCAACCUAACUUCGAGCCUAUGAUGUUUGAAAUAAAUGCCACUCCCUUUCCUCAGAAGAUAAGUGUACAAAAAAGAGAAUGACAAUUUACAUCAAAGUGGUUUUAAAUGACUCAAACAAUAUUUGGACCGGUAUUCAAAUAUAUUUCGUGGAUCAAGAGGCGUAGAUGGCCGCAUUAAACAAAACACUAUUUACCUUAAGAAAGUAGGGUGGUUUUUGUAUGUUCAUGCUGUGCUCCAUUUGAUAUUUUAAGACCCUUAGUCUUGAAUUAUGAUUUUGAUUCAGAGAAACGGUUACCUACGCCCAUUCAGUCCAACAUCCACCCAGGUCCAAAAUCCACCGAGCAUGUGCGAAGUCACAUUAAGGCCAAUGGCGUAAAGCUACUGCAGCAUUGCUUGUCGAAUGGGAUUUUUAAAGGAAGAACUGUUUAGCAUUUUAAACGAUACAGUGUAUUGUACAGGCAAAACCAGUUUUAGAUAUACACUGGAGUA